CGUAUAAAAUCUAAAUCAUUAAUAAUGAUUUUUCCACUAGCAGAGUGUACCCGCUUCAGUUGACGACAGCAUGUUGGUAUACGAAUGAGAUGCGCUUGAGAGUAUUUGGGGCACUUAACGGGGCUCCUACAAUCACGAGCACCAUCUGCUGAGGUAACGGGAGGGUGAAAAGGAAACGAGGGUAGGCUGGCCCUUGACGGUGGUCGACGCUACUUUAAAAGAGGAAAGGAUGACUACGGGUGCAUACCAAGUGAAAGAACUGGAAGAAGUUUUAGAGGAAGAAAGAAAUCCUGAAAAAAAGAUAUGGUAUCGAGAAUGGCUUACACGGGGCGAAAGUCAAGGAGCUUCCACCAAUUUAAUAAGGGAGGUUCCUGAUACACAUGAUGCUUGGAAAAAAGGUGCGAAUGGGUUUGAAGCAAGAUCGAAUUUUCCUUUCUGUUGUGGUGCCAUUGAUGGCAAAAAUGUCUUGAUCGAGGCUCCUCCACAUACUGGAAGUGAAUACUUCAACUGUAAAGGCUCCUUCAGCGUGGUACUUAUGGCAAUUGUAGAUCACAAUUACUGUUUUUCUUAUUUUAAAGUAGGGACAGCGAAAUUUCAGGAUCUCUAGAAGAAGGAUUACUAUCCGAUGGUUACUUUUUAGUUGGUGAUUAUGCUUUUCCUCUACUUAAACGAUAUAGUAGAUACCGACUACCUCUUACCGAUGAAGAAAAGAUUUUCAUUUAUCGGCUUAGUCGUGCCAGAAGAAUAGUGGAAAAUUGUUUAGGAAUCUUAGCAAGUAGAUUUUGUGUUUUUGAAACAAAAGUAAAGAUAAAAGUUUCCUCUGUGAAGAAAUUGGUUAAUGCUGCAAUUGUAAUUCACAACUGGCUACGAAAAACGUCACCAGAUCAAUACUUCAAUAAUGCACAAUUGGUUGAUUGUGAAAACCAACACACUGGCGAAAUAAUACCUGGACAGUGGAGACAAGAGAUUCGAGAUAGCAAAACGCAUGCGAAACAAAAUGAGGGAUUAUUUAUUUCUGAAGGAGCAAUGCCUUGGCAACGAAAUUUUAUAAAUUAGUUACCAGUUAAUAAAAAAAACUUACUAUGCUUUUCGUUCCAUUUUCAGCUGUGUAGCUAUCCAUUAUUUCUUCCAGUUAUCAGAACCACUUGACAGUUGGAACGUAUAUAUAAUCCUGUUCACGAUGUCCUCUUCAGCUGCUUUUCGCAUGUUUUUAUUACGAUAAUUUACACUAUUCUUCCAUAAACACUCUUUUUCACUAUAGAGUUCAACAAAAUGCAUAGUUUCUUCUUCUCACUACUUCAUCUUGUACAAAUUCAACCUUAAUUCACAAGUUUUCUUAUAAAAAAAUCACCAAAAUUAUUUGCUUAUCUGUGAUCAAAAUAGGUAAAAAAUCUUAAAAAACACAGAGUACAAAUCCACAAUCCAUGCGCAAAAACUUAUUUACUCUUGCUUUUUCUGUUUACAUUGGUAUAGUAGGCGGUCAAGUUGGCGAUCCAGUGAAGUGGGGGUAGCAGUCAAGUAAAGUUACUUGUUCACCGUGCAGAACCCCAACGGCCACUUCAAAAAAAAAUGCAGUUUGGAGGGCCGCAUUAUAAAAUCUUGUGUUUCUAUUGCAUUUUAUCGUUAAUGUAAGAAUUGUGCAUAUUCGGUAUUUGAGAGUAAUUUAUACAUGUGAUGUAUACAUGACCCGUGAAGCGGACCGCAAGAAAGGAGUUCGGAGGGCCGUAUGUUGGACAGCCCUGGUUUAGACGAUGCAAUUAGAAAAAAAUACUUGACUUACUGCUCAACUCUACCGUUUACUUGACCCGUGUAAACCCGGCUUUACUGGUCUCAUAGAUAAGUAAGUAAGGUACUUAGUUAUUUGUAAGUCGAUUUAAAAAUAAAAAGU